UCGUCUAGCAGAAGAAGAAUGCUUGGGGUGAGUGAUGGACACAUUUGGAUCAAUGGAGCUUGAUUUCUCUUCAUACACCCAGCAGCAGCAGCAACAGCAGGGUUUCAAUGGGGUUUCUUUGACUCUAGGGUUACAACAGCACGGUGGAAGCGGGGUGAGUCUGGCGUUCCCUCUUCCUCCGGUGAGCAGUCAUCAUAGCUCGCUCUUCUACGCAACAACAAUUGAUGCUACUAUGCCUACUAUUGUUGGAAUGGCACCGAAAAACCAGGAUGCCAUUGAUGCUGCUAUUGUUGGAAUGCUUGCAGAUCCUAAAGAGGUAAGGGCUAGAAUCAGAGAUGUUCACUUUUUACCUUUCAAUUCUAUUGACAAGAGAACUGCUCUGACUUACAUUGAUGCUGAUGGAAACUGGCACCGUGCAAGCAAAGGCGCUCCGGAGCAGAUCAUGAACUUGUGUAAUCUAAGGGAUGAUGCUAAGAAGAUGGUUCAUGCCAUUAUUGACAAGUUCGCCGAAAGAGGCCUUCGUUCCCUAGCCAUUUCAAGACAGGUUCUUACAUCAAAGUCUUCAUGCUUUAAUUUUUCAGUACAUGUUCCCAAGUUUCUUGUAAAUAAUAAUAAUAAAGAGGAUAUGAAUCUGAAGCAUCUUCUCUGCUACUGCAGGAAAUUCCUGAGAAAAGAGAUGUUAAAAUGA